AUGACACGGCAAUUUUUGGUGGCCUUUUUCCUGGCUUUCGUUCUGCAGAAUGGGACCUGCAACGGAAUCAAGUGGUUGUAAGUAUUGUCUUUAAUUAUUAUUAUUUUAAAAAUCUGCCCAGGCAUUGUGUGACGAUUUUGCAAUUUUGCCACAUACUUUAAACCAUUUGUCAGGGUGGAGGCAGAAAACCCAAGGUCCAACUAGGCCUGAGGGAAGCAUUAUCUUUGCUUAUUCAUGUAUCUGCCCCAACGGUGAAAAUAGUUGGGGGAAUGUGUGCAAUUUUAACUUGGUUUCUUACUGGAACCCAAAGAUCUACCAACCAGAUCUAGGUUCAAACGACAGACAGAAUGAAAGCCCAUAGAUUUAUUUACAGUACCAGAACUGAACUCAUGGUCUUUUCAACACAGACAUCUGCACCUAGAUAGCGUUUCUUCAGCCCAACUUAGGUAGGGGAAAAAAAUGUUUCGUUGUUGCUGUUGUUAAACAAUUGGGAGUCAAGCCGCCUUGCUGAACUUCUGCAAAUCACCAAUCUACCAUUCACCCAUAUUUAUUGCGUACAAUCUCUUUAAACAUACCACCCGCAUGGAUGGUGUUUGCAUGCAUGUGUGUAAUGUACAACUUUCUCUCCCAACCGCUUUUGGCUAAGGGAAAUUGUCAGAUUUUGGAAGAUGGACUUUGCCAGGGAAUGUCGAGAAAUAUCACUCAAGUCAGCCCAACAGUUUACACCCUGGCUUUAGCUAAAGCUCACGCAGUUUCAUUCCAAAUUGUUCCUUGAUUCCUCUGAUAGCUGACUUUGGUUGACUCGACUCUAGCCUGUGAUCAGUGCUGGAUUUAUGUAUAAGCUAAACGAGCUAUAGCUUAGGGCCCCACUCUUUGGGGCCCACCCAAAAAUGUAAAGAAAAAAUCUGGAUGUACAUUUCCAAAAUAUAAGAUAAAAAACAAAUAAAAUGAAACCUACAUACAGCAAGAGUGUUUUGUGUUGUAUAGGCUCCUGUGAUGUAAGUCAUGGGCCCCGCCUGCAAGCCUGCUCCCUAAAUUAUCACUGGUUUGCUCCUUUCUAUAUACAGGGUGCCUACAUUCUGCAUGGACUUUUCAACAGUUACUUUGAUAAAAUACAUAUUUUGUUAUGUGCAAAUGGCUUUAGAUACCUGUUAGGUCCGUAAAUUACCAUCUAGCAUAUAUUCAACACAAAAAAUAAUUUGUAGUUGACAAAGGACAGCUGGACAUAUAAAGGGCCACAUUACCUUCAGUAGCUGAGGGCCUCAUCAAAACUAAAUCCGGCCCUGCCUGCGAGUUUGUCCUAGUGUGGUGAGUUAUGGAGAAAAGAGGACACCUAUUUGCAUAAGAUUUACACAUGGUAAUGUAUGCAUAUAGACACAAAUAUAGGAUUAAUAACUAUAAAUUAAAUAGAAAUGCAAUGCAUUUCCCCCUAGUGGAGAAGGAACCAAAUUGCCUGUGUUCAUGUUCAAUCUACUAACCGGGUGCCACAGACUCCUGGUUUUUUUAAUCUCUGAACCAGACUUGGACUGAAAAGGUCACCAGUGGAGCUUCAAGUUGGCCUGAGAAAAAGUCUCAGAGGCUGGAUAGACAGCAUGGGAAGGCUGCUCUUGAACCCUGGGCUGGAAGCUCCCAUCCCUGUCUUAGCUGGGUCACCACCCAAUGUCUUUUAAAAAUGUGUUAGGGUGUUCAGAUUUGCUGUAGAGUCAUCUGGGUGGGUGGGGAUAGCUCAGUUGGUAGAGCAUGAGACUCUGAAUCUCAGGCACGUGGGUUUGAGCCCCACGUUGGGCAAAAGAUUCCUGCAUUGCAGGGGGUUGGUCUAGAUGACCCUCAAGGCCCCUUCCAACUCUGCAAUUCUAAUAUUCCAGGCCAUCCCUUUCCCUGGGAUCGCUGAGGGUUAAAUCGCUGGCUUGGCUUGGAAAGGGGAGGCACGUCUUGCUCGUAACAUGAUGUUGUUGUUUAGUCGUUUAGUCGUGUCCGACUCUUCGUGACCCCAUGGACCAGAGCACGCCAGGCACUCCUGUCUUCCACUGCCUCCCGCAGUUUGGACAAACUCACGCUGGUAGCUUCGAGAACACUGUCCAACCAUCUCGUCCUCCAUCGUCCGCUUCUCCUUGUGCCCUCCAUCUUUCCCAACAUCAGGGUCUUUUCCAGGGAGUCUUCUCUUCUCAUGAGGUGGCCAAAGUCUUGGAGCCUCAGCUUCAGGAUCUGUCCUUCCAGUGAGCACUCAGGGCUGAUUUCCUUAAAAAUGGAUCGCUUUGAUCUUCUUGCAGUCCAUGGGACUCUCAAGAGUCUCCUCCAGCACACACGGCUGCCACAUGCCAGGAUCAUGCUUCCUACCAGAUGGAAACGGCUGCUGAACGCCUUUUUGAGUAUCUGCCGCGUUAAAAUGGAAAGAGUGAAAUUCGUUGUGCGAUCAGACAUCGUAGCACCCACAUGUGGGUCUCUUCAGCUCAUCCAGACAUUUAGAGCCCAUUGAAAGAACAGAACUCCCUCCCAAAAGAAUCUUGGGAACUGUAGCUUGCUUAAGGGUGCUGGGGAUAGUAGCUCUUUGUGGGUUAAACUACAGCUCCCAGGAUUCUUGCAGGGCACCGGAAUCAUGUGCUUCAAAUGGUGAUUUAACGGUUUGGUGUCGUACGCAGCCGAAAUGUUGGCAUGUGGAGCGCAGCUGCUCAAGAUUCCAGUGGCUCCAUUCUAUUUCUCUUCCUCACUCCAGAUUUUCCAUUUCUCCCCCCUUCCAGCGUGAGUCCUAGUCCUAUUUUCUUUGUAUUUGUCUUCAAAGCAGCUUGUAGGAAGUUGAACCGCAAAAUUGUAGAGUUGGGUCUUCUAGUCUGACCCCCUGAAAUGCAGGCAUAUAAACUAAGGCACCCAUGACAGAUGGCCGUCCAACUUCUGUCUGAAAACCUUCAAGGAAGGAGAGCCCAGAAGCUCUUGAGGGAGUCUUAAGAUGACCAAGGGUCAGGAAACCAAGCCUUAUGAGGAAUGGUUGAAGGAGCUGGCGAUGUUUAGCAUGGAAAAGAGGAGUCUGAGAGGAGAUAGGAUAGCCAUCAUCCAAUAUCUCAAGGGCUGUCACAUGGAAGAGGGAGAAAGCUUGUUUUCUCCUGCUCUGGAAGGUGGGACUCGAACCCAUGGCUUCAAGUUUUACAACAAAGGAGAUUCUGACUAAACAUCAGGAAUAACUUUCUGACAGUAAGAGCUGUUAGACAGUGGAACAGACUCCCACUAGAGGUGGUGGAUUCUCAUUCAUUUGAAGUUUUUAAGCAGAGGUUGGAUGGCCAUUUCUCUUGGAUGCUUUAGCUGAGAUUCCUGCAUUGUAGAGGGUUGGACUAGAUGACCCUCGGGUCCCUCCCACCUCUACAAUGCUAUGAUUCUCUGCAUCUGUUCCCUUCCAGUAUCUGAAGAUAGCUAUCGCAUCACCUCUCAGUCUAAAGAACCAUAGUGAUAACAAUAGCCAUAAUUUUUUUAAAAAAAUAUUUUAUUAAAGUUUUCUUGGUUUACAAAGGUAUGCGCAAUGUCUCUUUUUUCAAGUUACAUUUUCCACAGGUCAGUUUCAUUUGCUGAGACAUUAGGGUUACAUUAGGAAGAAGGGUUAAAUCACAGAUCCUAGGACUUGCUGAUCAAAAGGUCGGCGGUUCGAAUCCCCGCGAUGGGGUGAGCUCCCAUUGCUCGGUCCCAGCUCCUGCCAACCUAGCAGUUCGAAAGCAUGCAGUGCAAAUAGAUAAAUAGGCACCACUCUGGUGGGAAGGUAAAUGCCAUUUCCGUGCGCUGCCCUGGUUCACCAGAAGCGGUUUAGUCAUACGGCCACAUGACCCGGAAGCUGUACGCCAGCUCCCUCGGCCAAUAAAGCGAGAUGAGCGCCGCAACCCCAGAGUCGGCCACGACUGGACCUAAUGGUCAGGGGUCCUUUACCUUUAGGAAGAAAAAAGGGGAGAAGAGGUAGAGGGGGCCAUCAUGCGUGGGGGUGGGGUCGGGAGGCGAUGUUUCUAUUUUGCUUAAUGUACGUGUGGGGUUUUGUGUCAGUGUCGUUUGUGCAGGUUCUCUUUGCUAUUCGCUUGUGUCCCUUUGGUGGUGAGAGAAAUUGGAGUUGGCCCAGGACUUGUUUGUGGUUGGCUGUGUUGAACUUUGUUUUCGUGUGUGAGUGGGGUGGGUGGGUGUUUUGGAAUCAGGUUAGCCAUAUUGAUUCAUAUGCUGUUGGUGGAUUCUUGUCGUCGUCUUGUUGGGCUGUGUAUGUGAUGAAGGGGAGCCAUACUGGGGUGAAGGUAUCAUCUUCACAAUAGCUAUAAGGUAAAGGUAAAAGGGACCCCUGACCAUUAAGUCCAGUCGUGGCCGACUCUGGGGUUGCGGCGCUCAUCUCGCUUUAUUGGCCAAGGGAGCUGGCGUACAGCUUCCGGGUCAUGUGGCCAGCAGGACUAAGCCGCUUCUGGCAAACCAGAGCAGCGCACGGAAACGCCGUUUACCUUCCCGCCAGAGCUGUACCUAUUUAUCUACUUGCACUUUGACGUGCUUUCGAGCUGCUAGGUUGGCAGGAGCAGGGACCGAGCAACGGGAGCUCACCCCGCCGUGGGGAUUCGAACCGCCGACCUUCUGAUCGGCAAGCCCAAGGCUCUGUGGUUUAACCCACAGCGCCUACCCGCUGAACUGUUAGGGGAGCCCAAACUGGAGGCAGGCAGGGAUGCCAACUUGAAUAAACUAUUAGGGCGGGGGGCAAGUAAGAGAGCGUGAACGGAAUAUCUUCUGAUUUGAUCUUACUCUCCAGCUGCAGCCCUUCCACAGCCUUAUUUUGGGGAAUAACACCACUGGAAUUCAUUUGACCUGCUUGUAGGUUUGCACGCCUAGGAUCAGGCCUCCAGUUCUGUAAUGUCUGCCGGUUUGUGGAAGAAAUAGAUUACGAGGAGUUGGGAAAUGGCUUUUUAAAGAUGUCCACUAGGGGGAGUUGCUGGCAGUACGGACACGAAGGGUAUCCUUUUUUAAAAAAACAUUAAUUGGUACCAAGCAAGGGGAAAAUUAAAGGGGGAAAAAGGUGAAAAAUACAUAUCUCCUACCAGCAGAUUUCUGUUGUGGCCAUGGUCUUAUUUUUAAGAAUAAUGCCCAUGGUAUUUUGGGCAGUGGUGUUCUGACAAUGUUUUAUUGGUUUUUUGAUCUGUUGCUUUUAUAUGCCGCCUUUUCCUUCAGUGAUCUAAAGGUGGUGUUCGUGGUUCUCCGCCCCCAUGUAUUACCCUCACAACAACCCUGUGAGGGAGGUCAGAUUAGGAAGCAGGGACUAGCCCAAGUGAGCUUCAACCCCUGGUUUCCCAGGUCCUAGUCUGAAGCUUUAACCACUACACCACACUCCCUUUUGAUAUGUGGGUGGAACCGGAAUCUCACUCAUUGAGAGGCAACACUGCAGCCAGGAAUCUCAGCUAGCAUUGCUCAGGAAGGCCUCUCGCUCUUCCUGAGGCCUUGGAGAACGUCUGGCAGUCCGAGAAAGCGAAAACUGGCCUCGAUGAACCACUAAUCUCACUUACUUUAGGACAACUUUGCACAUUCAAUAAUAAUAAUAAUAAUAAUAAUAUCAUACCUCUUGUUGCGUUUGGUUCACGUUGCAGCUUUUCCGAUUGCAAACGCGGCAAACCCGGAAGUGUAUACAGUGGUGCCCCACAAGAUGAAUGCCUCACAAGACGAAAAACGCGCAAGACGAAAGAGUUUUCCGUUUUUUGAGUUGUUCCGCAAGACGAAUUUCCCUAUGGGCUUGCUUUGCAAGCCGAAACGUCUUGCGAGUUCUUGCGAGUUUGUUUCCUUUUUCUUAAAGCCGCUAAGCCGCUAAGCCAUUAAUAGCCGCUAAGCCGCUAAGCCGUUAAUAGCCGCUAAGCCGCUAAUAGCCACUAAGCUGCUAAGCCGCUAAUAGCCGUGCUUCGCAAGAUGAAAGAACCACAAGACAAAGAGACUCGCGGAACGGAUUAAUUUUAUCUUGCGAGGCACCACUGUACUUCUGGGUUUUGCAGUGUGCGCAUGCGCAGAAGCAUUCUGCCUGCUUCGUGCAUGCGCAGAAGCAUUCUGCACACUUUGCACAUGCGCAGAAGUACUCUAUCACGCUCCGCGCUUGCACAGAAGCGCCGCUCUAGUUGCGGACUUUUCAGGGUGCAAACAGCACCCCAGAACGGAUCAUGUCCGCAACUAGAGGUACCACUGUAAUAAUAAUAAUAAUAAUAAUAAUAAUAAUAAUAAUAAUAAUAAAUGUUGCCCAUCUGACUGGGUUGCCCCAGCCACUCUAGGCAGCUCCCAACAAAAAACGAUGCCGCAUCAAACACUAAAAAAAUUCCCUGACCAGGAUCCCUGGAUAUGGGGGUUCCAAACAAUCAGGGAUCCCAGAUAGCAGAUCUCUCUGAGACUUGGAGGGAUGUUGCACAGAUGGGCUAAUGAUCUGACCCGGUGGGAGGCAGCUUCACACGGCCUUUGGGGCUGACCACACCAAACAAAAGCUGACAAAUGUCCCCGAACAUGCUGGCCUCCCUAUGCGCUCACUGAGCCAAACUCUCGCAGCUGGCAUGAACUUCAAGGCGGGUUUCCUAUUUGAAUUCAACAAAGCAGUGGCUGCCAAUGCCCAGAGAGGAGUUGGCUGAGCCUCAUUCGGCGGCACGUAAUAUUUUAUAUUUGACUUGUUUAGCCUGCAGUCUUUGGGUCGCUGCUCUGAAGCUCUGCUGCCUCCGGUGAGCUUACUCCUGAGUAAUGGGGUGGGAAGCCUGCAGUGCUGGCUCGUUGCGCAAAGAUCAUUGUCUUGCUCUGUGCGUUCCCUUUGCAAGUCGACAAGGCCAGGGCAUCCAACUCCUUCCCUUUCUUUCCUGUCCAGCGGGCAAACAUCGUCGUUGUUUGUUAAAGGCUGGCUGCUCUUCUGAUAUUUCCCUGCUGAAAAAUCCAAGCCGCGUGCCAAGGAGAGAGUGAGAGCGGGGCGACACAUAUUGUUGACUCAGACCUUGUUCACACAUUUCAGUUUGGGUUGGCUAACCCACAGUCUUUUUGGCUUCUCUGAAUGCAGGGCUCCUGGGGGAGCUGGCAAUUGCUUCCCAGGCAUUUUUCUUCCUCUCCCCACACUAAAUGGUUGCCCUGGGAAAGCUGCGCCCAGAAGACAAAAGCUGCAAUAAAGCACAGUGCUAAGAGGUUUUCACGCAGAGAGGCGACGGGCAGCCUCCCUCUGCAGGGCAAGCCACAAAAGUUGCAAUCCAAUACAAAACUAAGAGUUCUCCAUGCAGAGAGGCGACGGGCAGCCUCCCUCUGCAGGGCAAGCCACAAAAGUUGCAAUCCAAUACAAAACUAAGAGUUCUUCAUGCAGAGAGGCGACGGGCAGCCUCCCUCUGCAGGGCAAGCCACAAAAGUUGCAAUCCAAUACAAAACUAAGAGUUCUUCAUGCAGAGAGGCGACGGGCAGCCUCCCUCUGCAGGGCAAGCCACAAAAGUUGCAAUCCAAUACAAAACUAAGAGUUCUUCAUGCAGACAGGUGACGGGCAGCCUCCCUCUGCAGGGCAAGCCACAAAAGUUGCAAUCCAAUACAAAACUAAGAGUUCUUCAUGCAGAGAGGUGACAGGCAGCCUCCCUCUUGAGGGCAAGGCAUUCAUUGGAACUGCCUUUACAGAACAUCUGAAGCAGCUGAGGGCUGAUGCUUCCUUAAUGGCAAAAGGAACGCCUUUUCAGAGUUCAGGGGCCAUGGUGGAAAAGGCCAGCUUGGGCCUCCUUGAGACACUCUGUAAGGUGUGGUGUUAUUUUCCCAGAUGAUCCAGGUAUAUCCAGGUGAUCCUUCCGGCAACCUGGUGCUGAGCCUCAUAGGUAAAGGUAAAGGGACCCCUGACUGUUAGGUCCAGUCGCGGACGACUCUGGGGUUGCGGCGCUCAUCUAGCUUUAUUGGCCGAGGGAGCUGGUGUACAGCUUCCGGGUCAUGUGACUAAGCCGCUUCUGGCAAAACCAGAGCAGCGCACGGAAAUGCCGUUUAACUUCCCACUGGAGUGGUACCUAUUUAUCUACUUGCACUUUGACAUGCUUUCGAACUGCAAGGUUGGCAGGAGCUGGGACCGAGCAACCGGAGCUCACCCCGUUGCGGGGAUUCGAACCGCCGACCUUCUGAUUGGCAAGUCCUAGGCUCAGUGAUUUAACCCACAGCACCACUCGUGUCCCUGCUGAGCCUCAUAGGUUACAACAAAACCUUGAACAUAGCCUGAUAGCUCAUUGGUUGCCGGUGCAGUUCUUUUAGUACAGGGACAUCUAACUCCCAAGAGACUGUGAUCUAUUCACAGAAUACAGUGGUACCUCGGGUUACAUACACUUCAGGUUACAGACUCUGCUAACCCAGAAAUAGUACCUCGGGUUAAGAACUUUGCUUCAGGAUGAGAACAGAAAUCGUGCUCCGGCAGCGCGGCGGCAGCUGGAGGCCCCAUUAGCUAAAGUGGUGCUUCAGUUUAAGAACAGUUUCAGGAACGAAUUAAGUACUUAACCCGAGGUACCACUGUAAGAAACUGGCAGUGAUCUACCCCUUUGGGGGGUUUUUUUUAGGGAGAAAAGUUCCAUUUGGGGUGGGGGGGUUCAGGUCAAACUUGUUGAGCUUUUGUAAGGGAGGAAAGCCAGGUUGUUGAGAGAAAUAUGUAAAGAAUGAGGAAAGGGGAAAGAAGAAAAAUCGCUCACCAAAAGAUCGAUUAGGAAACAAUCUACCUCACAGCGAAAGCUCCCUCUUCCGUUCCAGUGAGCAUGAGAAAAUGGAGGACGGGGCAAGGGGCUGGGGCCCGAUGCUCUUACGCCACCGCAAUGGAAAAGGAGCCUGCAGUCGACCGCGGUUGACCAGAACCUCCCAGGGAUUGACCAGUUGAUCCCGAUCGACCUGCUGGACAUCCCUGCCUUAACAGAAGUGUGAUGUCUACAUGACCAGGUGUACUACUCAACUACCAGCACAUUGCAGUAGUCUAAUCAUGAGGUUACUGACACGUGGCUCCCUGGAAGGACAGAUCGUGAAGCUGAGGCUCCAAGACUUUGGCCACCUCAUGAGAAGAGAAGACUCCCUGGAAAAGACCCUGAUGUUGGGAAAGAUGGAGGGCACAAGGAGAAGGGGAGGACAGGGGAUGAGAUGGUGGGACAGUGUUCUCAAAGCUACCAGCAUGAGUUUGACCAAACUGCGGGAGGCAGUGGAAGACAGGAGUGCCUGGCGUGCUCUGGGGGUCCAGGGGGUCACGAAGAGUCGGACACGACUAAACGACUAAACAACAACAACAACUGACACAUGAAUUGUGGUACAUGUGUACCCCCUCUCUCUCUGUGUGUGUAUCGAGUUUGGCAAUGACCCUUGGCUGUAAGAUCUAAGGCAUGAUGACAAGUGUGUGUUCCUGAUUUGGCCUGUGAAAUGUUGGAAGUCAAUGAAAUACUCUGCCUGUGGAUAGUUAGCGUGUCAGGCGUUAGGGAUGCAAAACAAGAAGUUUUUAAUUUCAUUGCUGCGCUUGUUUUGUUCUUCAAUACUUCUUUUGUUUGUCUUUGUUACAAUCACAUUUGUUUCAUUAUUCAGUUGUCGCACUUAGAUUUGUUUUGUUAGCUUGCAAUUGUUUCCCUGUGUGUCCUCCCCUCCUUGCAUUGCCACUGCCAGCACAGUUUGCUUUGGCAGAUCUUUCUGGUAGCUACCAGUUUAAAAGCCAGAAUGUCCCAGAGGUUGCAUCAUCCUACGACAUUCUUGAGGGACCGGGGGUGUGUGUGUUCCACUUCUAUUUACCAUCACCCUCCCCCCUGCGUCAUAAUGGUAUCUGGUUGGCCACUGCGUCUGCGCAUGCACAGGUUGCGAUUCGGCGCUUCUGUGCAUGCGCAAAGCACAAUUUAGCGCUUCUGCGCAUGCUCGACUCCUGAAAUUCAGUUAGUAACCCGUUCCGCUACUUCCAGGUUUCGGCGGGUCUGUAACCUGAAAAAACGCAACCUGAAGCCUCUGUAACCCGAGGUAUGACUGUACAGUGGUACCUUGGGUUACAGACGCUUCAGGUUACAGAGUCUGCUAACCCAGAAAUAGUACCUUGGGUUAAGAACUUUGCUUCAGGGUGAGAACAGAAAUUGCGCGGCAGCAGCAGGAGGCCCCAUUAGCUAAAGUGGUACCUCAGGUUAAGAACAGUUUCAGGUUAAGAACGGACCUCCAGAUCGAAUUAAGUUCUUAACCAGAGGUACCACUGUAGUGGAAAUAAGGAAAACCAUUCCCAUUCAUUCCUCAAUUGAUUUGUUUCAAAAUGCUUGGAUAUCAAAUUAAAUAAUCUCCAUCCAGUUCAAUCAUUCCAAAAUGAGAGGGAUUCCUAGGCUAAUAUGCAUUAGUUCUGCAUGUGUAAACAAGAUGAUGAUGAUGAUGGUGAUGAUAUACAUGACGGAGCAUUAUCACAGCUGUCCUGUUUUGGUUCCACGCAGGAUCCCAUGGAGCAAGGCUGGUUGGUUAUUUCAGCACCAUGGAGAGAUCCCAGUGAGCAACGUGCUCCAAGGAAGGCUGUUGUUGAACUAAGUGCCUUUGAGCCUCUACUUUGCAGCUCACCUCUCUUAGGACCUUGGGUCUUGGGUCUCUUAAAGCUCUAAGAACUUAGGCACAAAAUAUCUGAAAGACCAUCUCCACUCUUACCAACCUUCUUGGGCGCUAAGCUCUGCAGAAGGAGCUCUGUUGAUAGUUCCACCAUUCUCUAAAGUUCAGGGACUGGCAGCCUGGGACGGUGCUUUCUCUGCAGCAGCCCCUGAACUGUGGGGUCUCCCACCCUACAGAGCUUCUUCUAGCAUCCUCAUAGUACAGCUUCUUCCCUAUGCUGAAGUUGUAUCACUUUGCCCUGGCCUUUGGCAGUUAAGGUUUUGUGGGGCCCACCCUUGGGGCUUACACCCAAGGGUGUACUGUUUUAGAACAGUAAUGAUUUAAUUAAAAAAACAACAACAACCACACAAAUAAUUGUAUGUUCUAUUGUUUUAGCCUGCCUUGUGACCUUAUGGUGAAGGGCAGGUACAAUAUCCUAUUAUUUUAUUUUAUUUAUACCCCUCCCAUCUGACUGGGUUAGCGCUAGCCACUCUGGUUGGCUUCCAACAUAUAUAAUAAUAAUAAUUUAUUAUUUAUACCCCGCCCAUCUGGCUCUGCUUCCCCAGCCACUCUGGGUGGCUUCCAACUGAAUAUUAAAAACAAUACAGCAUCAGACAUAAAAAACUUCCCUAAACAGGGCUGCCUUCAGUUGUCUUUUAAAAGUAAAAUAGGUGUUUAUUGCCUUGACAUCUGCUAGGAGGGCGUUCCACAGGGCAGGCGCCACCACCGAGAAGGCCCUCUGCCUGGUUCCCUGUAGCUUCACUUCUCACAAUGAGGGAACCGCCAGAAGGCCCUCGGUGCUGGACCUCAGUGUCUGGGCUGAACGAUGGGGAUGGAGAUGUAGAGCGCAUUGCAGUAGUCAAAGCGGGAGAUAACUAGAGCAUGCACCACUUUGGCAUUAAACAACUUCCCUAGACCAGGGCUGCCUUCAAACAUUUCCUAAAGGUUGUAUAGUUAUUGGAUCGGGGGCCGCAUAACUCCAUACCGUCCAACAUUUCUCUGAUGAAAAUAGGGACGUCCUAAGGAAAAGCGGGACAUUCUGGGAUCAAGUCAGAAACUGGGACAGCUUCUGUAAAUCCCGGACUGUCCCUGGAGGGUCAUCAUCAGGCUUAGAGCCAGGAAGCUACUCUGUUCCCCUUCGCUACAGACAUUUGGGGGCCUACAAAUCUUUGACCUGGCCAGUGAUGCUGCUUCACUGUCCCUGGAAAGGUUGCACCGCGUGAUAAUCCUUAGUAUGUAGUUCAGCGCUUAUUUAUGCAACCAGAGCCUCCAGUUUUCUAGAGUCAGGAAAAUUCUCUCCAGAGGAUUAGAGACUCAAAGAGCUGGAGAAGGUCUGGUACCAUGUUACCUGCUAUACCUUAUUCCUGCUUCUGAGUGAAUGUGUUCAGCCUGCCCAAGCUAAUUACGUAAGCUGACAAACCCCGCAAUAUGCGCCUGGACUGGGAGUCUGUGGCAAUCAGGCGUAUGCUUUUCUGACAGUAUCCCUAACACUAUUUGAAAGCCUCAUCAACUCGGUAUAAAUCGGAUUUGACACUUGUUUAUAUUAUCAGGGGAAGGCCUGAAGAGUGGUAAUAACUUUUUUUUUUUAGAAAGAGAAGAAUAAAAAACCCCAGCUCUGUUCAAGAUCUCAGGCAGGGAGAACUGUAGCUCAGGAAAUUUUGCCUAAUAGGAGGGUAUAAGCAGUGCUGGAUUUACGUAUAAGCUAAGCAAGCUAUAGCUUAGGGCCCCACUCUCUUGGGGCCCCCAAAAAAAAUUAGAGGGGAAAAACUGGAUAUACAUUUCCAAAAUAUAAGAUAAAAACAAGUAAAAUAAAACCUACAUGCAGCAACAGUGUUUUGUGUUGUGUAGGCUCCUAUGAUGUAAGUCAUGGGCCCCACCUGCUAGCCUGCUCCCUAAAAGAUCACUGGUUUGCUCCUUUCUAUAUAUAGGGUGCCUACAUUCUGUAUGGACUGCUUGCAUGGCAACAUGUGCAAAUGGCUUGAGAUACCUAUUAGGUUCAUAAAUUACCAUAUAGCAUUUAUUCAACACAAAAAACAAUGACCAUUUGUUGUUGACAAAGGACCGCUGGACAUAUAAAGGGCCCCAUUACUUUCAGUAGCUUAGGGCCUCAUGAAAGCUAAAUCCAGCAAGCUUGCAAGCCCAUGUCAGGGAAGAGCAAGAGUUCAGUGGCAGAACAUCUGCUUUGCGUGCAAAUCAUUGCCUCAACACGGGUGAUCUUUGCUUCUUCCAGUACACUGGUAUUAGUUCGCUUGUCUUCCAAUUUGAAAACUUCUCUGAAUUUCUCUAUGACUUCCCCUUUUAUAACCAGGAAACCCCUGGAGGUUGGAAGUUGAUUGCCCAAACUGAGAUCCCUACAUAACACAUAUCCAAGAGAAUGGUUGCUGUAGCUUUGUGGUGGAAUAUCUGUUUUGUACCUGGUUGGCUACUGUGAGAACAGGAUUCUGGACUAGAUGGGCCAUUGGCCUGAUCCAGCGGGCUCUUCCUUUGUUCUUAAGCCUACAAACAGAGAGCCAGUGUGGUGUAGUGAUUAAGAGCGAUAGACUCGUAAUCUGGGGAACCGGGUUCGCGUCUCCGCUCCUCCACAUGCAGCUGCUGGGUGACCUUGGGCUAUUCACACUUCUCUGAAGUCUCUCAGCCCCACUCACCUCACAGAGUGUUUGUUGUGGGGGAGGAAGGGAAAGGAGAAUGUUAGCCGCUUUGAGACUCCUUCGGGUAGUGAUAAAGCGGGAUAUCAAAUCCAAACUCCUCCUACAAACAGGAUCUUUCUCCCCAUAUUUGAUUCCCACCAACUGAUGUUCAAAGACAUACACCCCAGACACUGGGAGUCAAGACACAACCACUGAGACUGCUAGCCAUGAUGAUGCACAAAACCAGAAAUAAACUCAAAUCCCCCCCCCCCCCCGGUUUACUAUCCCUAGUACUUCAAGACUCCCAUAAAAGUGCCUGGCUUAAAACCAUCUUAUCAAAAACUUCACUCUUGUGGCCUGUCCCCACAACACCUACUCACUAUGGGCCCCACUAAAGCAAACAGUCUAAUUGGUCAACGUCUAAAAGAUAUCGAGCAUCAGAACAACCUGGCCACUAUAAGGAAAUUCUGCCCUUGGUAUGUUCAGUUCCCACCUCUCCAUUUUGAUUCUCUGGCCCCAUAUCUGCACAAACUUAAUAUCCCAUAAAUAUAACAGUGGAGGGUUCCCUAAUGCGUCAGCACAACUUGAAAACAGAACCGGGUACUUCAGAGGCGGGAGAAGCUGAAAACAAGCUCCAGACUGCAGUGCCAACGCAUAAGGCAGAUUGGCCGUGCUGUACUCUAAGAAACUCCAGCCAGAACCCUCGUAAUUUUUCUGCCUCUCUCCCGAUUCACCCACAGAGAUGUUUCCAAUUACGAAGCUUUAAAGCAAGAGGUUCAAACGUGAAAGACGAUCAGAAACUAUAUUUAUCCGUCACGGUCGGCUCUUUAGAGUGUGACUGACUCUAUGAGAAACAGCCCCGCCUAAGAGUUAACCGAAUUCCUCUCUUUGAUUCCACAUUUUGAAAUGUCUCGCUUUCCGCCGUCUCACAAAUCCUCCCUUACUCUACCGGAAUUCACCGUCCUGUUAAAGUUUUAACGCACAAAAGUUAUAACCAAGUUAUAACGAAGUGCUCUUUAACGCGUUUCGCUGAUGAAAACAGUUGCCAGUUUAUAAGCUCCUUUCACAGAAUGCUUGAGAGUGUUAAAUGCCACCAUUUGUAGUAUGCUGUUCUGCACAAACGUUUUUUCUUUCUCCAGACCAGGACUGGUUGCAUAGGCUCUGGUUCGACUAGCUCCCUGCCAAGCAGGUAGCGCUGACCCGUGGCACCAGCAUAGGUCAGCCAAGGGUGAACACCUGGAUAAGUGGAAAGCCGGGAACAGGCUUUCUCCGCAACACACAUAUGUCCCCUGGACUCAGCCACGGGCACAACCCCCUCUCAGGGGUUGACCAAACUAUUGAGUCCCUGGAUUCCUUUAACGGAAUACCCUUCAUAUAGGGAUGGUGAGAGCGUUCUCCCAUCCCUAUCACCUGAACCAGAGCCUAUCCGCAACCUUACAAGUUGUGAUUAUUUGCUACGCGGCAGGUGAAAUGGCAACAGCCAAUCAGCCAAGUGGGGGAAAUUCCUGCCGUGCCCCUGUCCCAAUGAAAGACAACACACAACAGCAUAGCAAGGUCAAGCGCAAAGCCCUAAAAGGAGGGAGAGGUGGGCAGGUGUUCCGGAUGCAUGCGCUGAAAGAGGAAGCUCUGGGUCACAUGCAUGGGCAUAAAUAGGUCCCUCGAAACCAUUUGGACUGCGUCCCAUUGGCCUGAUUGAACCCUGCAUCAAGGGACCUACCAAUCGGGUGUUGUGGCUAUCCAAACGUACCCACCACAACACAGGGUUAGGUUGCCAGGUCUCACCGCAACACAUGCCCUCCUUAAGGGAGGACCCGAUUUGUCUAGCUUUCGAGGCAGCUUUCUGAUAAACUUCUACCUGACUGAACCUCAUUUUUAAUCAGCUCCUCCUGUCAUUUUAUUUUAUUGGCUUAAAUAGUCACAUUAUCAUGUUCUUAUGCUGUAAACAGCUCUGUAAAAUUAGUAUUGAAAAGCAGUAUUAAAAAUACUACUUCUUGUUGUUGUUAUCCUGGCUCCCCUCCUGACAGGGACUCAAGGAAGCUUACAGAUAAAUUAGAAACAGCUAAACAGUUAAAACAGUUUAAAAACAAACAAAAAAAAGCACGAAAGGAUAGGCCCAGGCUACAUCCCGUCAGCAGCUUUGUGGGCAUCAAAGUCCCCUUCCCAUCCUUACAUGCGCUUCCAGAACAUUCUGGAGCGUUUCCUUUCCCCUUGCUUUUCAGUCAGAUCUGGCAGUCUCGGCCGUCCCAUUUGCCAAACCAAACUUUCAAAGUUCAGAGCCGGAGAAGGCUUUGAAGGGGUGGGUGGUGACUAAUGGCUAAGCCCAUUGCUGAGGUAAAAGCCUCACAUGGCGCGGGUUCAAACUCCUCAGAGGCGGCUCCGGAUAAGGGUUCCCCUGAUCAAAGCAUCUGGUUCCAAGCCCGCCUCUAAUCCAGCUCUUUAAGAGAGUCGGCAAAGUAGCCAUUUGCCGGUGGCAGGGAAUAAAUCACACCCAUAAAACGUGUCCAUUAGCGACCAAAGGGUAUUCACCUCAGGGUCUCAAGAUGGCACACGGAGAAACCGAGGCGAGGCGCAAGUGUCAUGUUAGCGCAGCUAGAGGUGGACCUUCCUUUUGAGCCGUGGCCGUCACCGAACUGUGAGAGGGUCAUUCUCCAGCUGUGAGCUGUAAAAGACUUUUAAUGAGCAAAAGGAGAACGGUUUACGGCCACGCCAGCUAGAUGAUAAAAGCUGCACGGGAAGUAGCUCUUUGUGUUUCAGCCUGACCUGGCUGGGUGGCUGGGAUAGAAUCCUUUCCAAAAUGUCCGCUUCCCUUCCGUUUACCCCUCAGAUUUCCAGCUGCAACAUGGAGACAAAACACCGUCUUCUCGGCCCAACAUGGUCAACUGUGGGCCUUUUGUGCUCCACGAAGCGAGUUUUUACCUGUCUCUCUAGCAACCCUUCCUAUUUUUUUAUUAUUUUCUAGGCAUUCCGUCUCCACUUUCACUCAAAAGCAGUGCAGCUUUUAAGAGUAAUGUAUGAGUGAAUGAGGGAUGCGGGUGGCGCUGUGGGUUAAACCACAGAGCCUAGGACUUGCUGAUCAGAAGGUCAGCAGUUCGAAUCCCCAUGAUGGGGUGAGCUCCCAUUGCUUGGUCCCUGCUCCUGCCCACCUAGCAGUUUGAAAGCACGUCAAAGUGCAAGUAGAUAAAUAGGUACCGCUCUGGCGGCAAGGUAAACGGCGUUUCCAUGCAUUGCUCUGGUUCGCCAGAAGCGGCUUAGUCAUGCUGGCCACAUGACCUGGAAGCUGUACGCUGGCUCCCUCGGCCAAUAAAGCAACAUGAGUGCCGCAACCCCAGAUGCGGUCACAACUGGACCUAAUGGUCAGGGGUCCCUUUACCUUAUGAGUGAAUGACUGAAUCUCCAGACACCUGUGUGGGUUAGCAGUGAAAAGUCCGGUGCCAGGAAAUCCAGGGUUCAAACAACAACAACAACAACAACAACAACAACAACAACAACAACAACAAUUUAUUACUUAUACCCCGCCCAUCUGGCUGGGUUUCCCCAGCCACUCUGGGUGGCUUCCAACAGGAGAUUAAAAACACAUUAAAGCAUCAGACAUUAAAAACUUCCCUAAACAGGGCUGCCUUCAGAUGUCUUCUAAAAGACAGUUGCUUAUUUCCUUGACAUCUGAUGGGAGGGUGUUCCACAGGGCGGGCGCCACUACCGAGAAGGCCCUCUGCCUGGUUCCCUGUAACUUAGCUUCUCUCAGGGAGGGAACCACCAGAAGGCCCUCGGCACUGGACCUCAGUGUCCAGGCAGAACAAUGGGGGUGGAGAUGCUCCUUCAGGUAUAUGGGGCUGAGGCUGUUUAGGGCUUGUUGUGGAAUCUCACAACAACCAUCAGUCCACUGAAAGGGGCUUUAUUCUGGUGCAGGUGAUGAUUCCAUGGCCCUUUUAAUGUAUGCAUUUCCUUAUUAACUACAUUUUUAUCCCACCUGUUCCUCCAAGGAGCUCAAGGUGACAUACAUGGUUCUGCCCCACCUCAGCUAAUCCCCACAACAACCUUGUGAGGUUGUUAGGCUGAGAGGUGAUGACUGGCCCUACGUCACCCAGAGAACCUCAUGGCCAAGUGGGGAUUUGAACCCUGAUCUCCGAAGGUCACUAUAUAUAAUCACUAUACCUUGCCUCAGUCAGCAAAAUUUCUUGGGCUGACACCGGUUGUUACCUAUAACCUAUAAUCAUCUGUAAGACCAUCCCAUAUCAUCGGGCAUAGUGUCACAAUGUGGGGAUGUUGGUAGCGCUGUGGUCUAAACCACUGAGCCUCUUUGUCUGUGGACAAAUAACAACAACAGCAACAAUAAUAAAAUUUUAUUUAUACCCCGCUCUUCCCAGUUCAGAAACUGGGCUCAGGGCGGCUAACAACAAAUUUAAAACACUUAAUUAUAAUGGUAGCAUAAAAUACAGUAUAAAAACAUGAAUGACAAUAAAAUUCAAAAAUAAAAAAUCAAUUAGAUAAUCCCCAGGGCUAGCUGGCUGAAUUGGUCCUACUUGGGCCAGCGAGGAGGCCAGGGGAGAAUUAGCUGUGGGGUCUCAGAGCGGGUGAUCUUCAUAAAAGGGAAGGGAAGAGAAGGGAAAUAAAAGAUCAGGCUGAAUUAAAAUUAAAGGUCAGGCGGAAUAGCUCUGUCUUACAGGCCUGAUGGAAGGGAGUUAAAUCCUGAAGGGCCCUAGUCUCAUGGGACAGAGCAUUCCACCAGGUCGGAGCCAUCACUGAGAAGGCCCUGGCCCUGGUGGAGGAUAGUCUGACUUCCUUAUGGCCUGGGACCUCUAAACUAUGGUUAUUCAUAGACCUUAAAGUCCUCUGCGGGGCAGACCAGGAGAGGCGGUCCCGUAGAUAUGAGGGCCAGCUCCCUUGGCCUGAAAAGCGAGAUGAGAGCUCACCCUAUAGUCGAAUUGGACUUAACUGUCCAGGGGUGCUUCCCCUUUACCUUAGUGUCACAACAUCAUUGGGAAAGUCAUGGGGGUCACCUCUGUUGAUAGGAUUAAAUAGCGGGAAUGAGACUUGAGGAUGUUGACGGCAAAUCAAUCAAAGAUCUGUGCCCAGUGGGGAUGUGAAAUCUGUGGCAACGGGGAGCUGCUUACAGACACAGAAUGAGACGGUUCACUUCAGUCCAGCCUGACGGCUGCACAAACUACUUAGGAUGUUUUCAGAUAGGGAUUAGGGGAACGGGGAAGGGUGCUGCAAGCUGGGAACUGGUUUCCGUCAACUGCGAGAUGCUGUGCGCUUGGUUAUGAAAUUCAUUAAAGCCGGAUCGAAUGGGGACGCCUGUCAGGGUUCUAGGAGCGCCAAGUCUCCUUCUCUGGGACCUUUGAGGAUUGCCAAAAUUGCUAAUGGUGACGGCCGGGUGUGUUUCUUUCUUCGCCUUCCCAGAGCCUUGUUCAAGACUCCCUCAGUUCUAGCCCUGAACCAGACACAGCACUGCAAGCAGCUGGAAGGGCUGGUGGUUUCGCAAGUCCAGCUGUGUCGGAGCAACCUGGAGCUGAUGCAAACCAUCAUCCAGGCUGCGCGGGAGGUGAUCAAGACGUGCCGCAAGACGUUCUCCGACAUGCGGUGGAAUUGCUCCUCCAUCGAGCUGGCGCCCAACUACCUCCUGGAUUUGGAGAGAGGUAAGGUGGUGCUGUGAGAGCCUAGGACUUGCCGAUCAGAAGGUUGGAGGUUCGAAUCCCCGCGAUGGGGUGAGCUCCCGUUGCUCGGUCCCUGCUCCUGCCAACCUAGUAGUUCAAAAGCACGUCAAAGUGCAAGUAGAUAAAUAGGUACUGCUCUGGCGGGAAGGUAAACAGUGUUUCCGUGCGCUGCUCUGGUUCACCAGAAGCGGCUUAGUCAUGCUGGCCACAUGACCCGGAAGCUGUACGCCAGCUCCCUCGGCCAGUAAAGCGAGAUGAGCACCGCAACCCCAGAGUUGGCCAUGACUGGACCUAAUGGACCUUACCUUUACCUUUAAAAGGGUGCUAUUUGCAUAACACACAUUUAGUGCCUCGAUUCUGCAGACUGGCUGUAGCUCAGCGGCAGAGAACCUGGUUUGCAUGCAAAACCUCCCUUCUUCAAUCCCUGGAGCUUACAGGUGGGGCUGGGAACGAUCAGUACAGGCAGUACUGAGUCAAUGGUCCGGCUCAUUAUAAGGCAGCACCCUAUGUUCUGAGAGUCUUACCUCUCUCGCCCUGACCUAGCCAUUGUGGUCCACAUGACGGUCACCUCCAGACUUGAUUAUUGUAACUCACUCUACGUGGGGCUGCCCUUGAGGCUGACCCAGAAACUCCAGCGGGUGCAGAAUGCCGUGGCGAGACUCCUUAUGGGGUCCUCGCCACGGGAUCACAUUCACCCUGUCCUAUACCAGCUGCACUGGCUCCCAGUGGAGUACAGGAUCAGGUUUAAGGUGCUGGUUUUAACCUUUAAAGCCCUAUACGGCCUAGGACCCUCGUAGCUAUGGGACCGCCUCUCCUGGUACGUCCCAAGGAGGACCUUACGGUCUGCAAAUAACAACACCCUGGAGAUCCCGGGCCACAGGGAGGUUAAGCUGGCCUCAACUAGAGCCAGGGCCUUUUCGGCCGUGGCCCCGAUCUGGUGGAACACUCUGUCACAAGAGACUAGGGCCCUGAGGGACUUGACAUCUUUCCGCAGGGCCUGUAAGACAGAGCUGUUCUACCAGGCCUUUGGCCAAGGCAUAGUCUGACCCCCUCCUUUGGUAAUUCUUCACAGAACUCUAGCCCAUUGGUUGCCAUUAAUUUGAUUCUGAAUUGAUUUUAGAAUGAAUUGAUUUUAGAAGGUAUUUCAAUGAAUUGAUUGUGAUUUUAUGUAAACUGUGUUACUUUUACUGUUGUUAGCCACUCUGAGCCUGGUUUCGGCUGGGGAGGGCGGGAUGUAAAAAAAAUAUUAUUAUUGUUAUUGUUAUUGUUAUUAUUCAUAUAUCUGAUAUGUAGGGCCAUUCCAAGGCAUUUUGUUGAACACAGACUGGAUGUAUCUCUAUGGGUACCCCAUCUGCUUUGUAUGCAGAAGGUGUCUGGUUUAAUCCUCGGCAUCUACAGGUAGGGUUUGGCAUGUCCCCUGCCUCAAACCUUGGAGAGCAACGGCCUAACUCAUUAUAAAGCAGUUCUCUGUGUUCUUAAAUGGCAAGUUGAUGCCUUCCCCCCCAUGUAUGGGAACGGACUGGACUGACAGUUGAAUCUUACUUCCACACUGGCAACAGAAUACAGUCCCCAAGGGCACCUGAGGACAGCUGGCUGGUUUAGUGGGUACGUAACAGGCCCACGGCAAGGGACGCGGGUGGCGCUGUGGGUUAAACCACAGAGCCUAGGACUUGCCGAUCAGAAGGUUGGCGGUUUGAAUCCCCACAACGGAGUGAGCUCCCAUUGCUCGGUCCCUGCUCCUGCCAACCUAGCAGUUCGAAAGCACCUCAAAGUGCAAGUAGAUAAAUAGGUACCGCUCCAGCGGGAAGGUAAAUGGCGUUUCCGUGCGCUGCUCUGGUUUGCCAGAAGCGGCUUAGUCAUGCUGGCCACAUGACCCGGAAGCUGUACGCCGGCUCCCUCGGCCAAUAAAGCGAGAUGAGCACCGCAACCCCAGAGUCGGCCACGACUGGACCUAAUGGCCCUUUACCUUUUAGUACUUGCUAGAUGAGAAGCGAUGACCUUUAGAGGUUGACAGCCUGAUUAUCACAAGAGCUUCCAAGAUUUCCUAUUCAUUGAGCCCUGUUUCCCUCUCCCGUUUGUUUUCUACCCGACUGAAAAUCCAGUGGAAAUGUAUUCCUAUCGACCUUUCUGUCUCCGCAGGCACGAGGGAGUCGGCCUUUGUGUACGCCCUCUCCGCCGCAGCCAUCAGCCACACCAUCGCCAGAGCCUGCACCACCGGGGACCUCCCUGGCUGCUCCUGUGGUCCCAUCCCAGGUGAGACACCUGGACCUGGGUAUCGCUGGGGAGGAUGUGCUGACAACCUCAACUAUGGUCUUGUCAUGGGGUCCAAAUUUUCAGAUGCUCCCAUGAAGAUGAAAAAAUCAGGAUCACAAGCCAAUAAGCUGAUGCAUCUGCACAACAGUGAAGUAGGGAGACAGGUAACCAAUUCCGAAAAGAGAUGUUCUCAUUAUGCAAUCGCCGUCCGGGGUUAACAAAAGGGUUGGAAGCCAGUACGGAUUCAACCAGCAAUUGGGCUGAACCUGUGUACAAAGGGAGAGCUUUCGGCUGGGCCAUCACCCUGCUGAGAAGCAAAUGGAGGUGGACUCCUCAGCUGGCAGACUGUGGGCACCAUUGAGGGAAACUGGCAGGAGACCUAUUGCACCAGUAUGUUUUCUCCUGCGGUCACUCGUGGCAGAGUUCCAGGAGGGAGAUAUUGGCCUGUUCUCUGGCUUCCACCAAGAAGGCCCUCUCCCCAAAUCCUUCCCCUGCACGCCUGUGGUUGAGCACAGGCACCAGGUUCAGUCCUUGCCAUCUUCAGGGUCCCUGUUUGAGACCCUGGAGAGCCAGUGCUAAUCAGUUUGUUGGUCUCAUUGAGUCCCAACCCUUUGGUGUUUCUGGGAGAGUCCAUCCAUUCUCUGCUCUGUGCCCAUUAAUGUUUCAGUUAAAGGUAAAGGUAAAGGGACCCCUGACCAUUAGGUCCAGUCGUGACCGACUCUGGGGUUGCAGCGCUCAUCUUGCUUUAUUGGCCAAGGGAGCCGGUGUUCAGCUUCUGGGUCGUGGCCAGCAUGACUAAGCUGCUUCUAGUGAACCAGAGCAGCGCACAGAAACGCCAUUUACCUUCCCGCCAGAGCGGUACCUAUUUAUCUAUUUGCACUUUGAUGUGCUUUCGAACUGCUAGGUGGGCAGGAGCAGGGACUGAGCAACGGGAGCUCACCCUGUUGCAGGGAUUCGAACCACCAACCUUCUGAUCGGCAAGUCCUAGGCUCUGUGGUUCAACCCACAGUGCCACCCGCGUCCCUUUUAAUGUUUCAGUUAUUCCCUUGCAUAUCCAUGUUAUGGCUUGCCAUUCAUUCUUUUUUCCAGUUUCCACUAAGCGUUCUGCUUUGGUCUAGCUCCCACUGCCCUUGCUCAGCAAGCAAAAAUGCCUGGCUGAGUUUGCCUACCCUAACCCAAAUCAAUAGGACUUUGACUCCUGAAUGGAGAUGUUUAGGCUUGCAGCUUACAAUGGAGGCUGCGUAGCGCUUGCUUGCUAAACUAACUCUCCUUCUGCAACCAGCUGGUGUGGUUGGCUGCUCACUUUCAGAGGCGGCUUCAUAGACAAAAACAGAUGGAAAAGUGAAUCUAAAAGUAGAAGAUUUGUGCAAAUGAAUUCUAAAAGUGCAGAAGCCCAUUCAAAACUGCAACCAAAAUUUCCAGGGAUUUUACCCAUUGGUUGAGUGGGAUGCUGUGGUCUAAAGCACUGAGCCUCUUGGGCUUGCCAAUCAGAAGGUUGGCGGUUCGAAUCUCGGUGGUGCUCUGUCCCAGCUCCUGCCAACCCAGCAGUUAGAAAGCACGCCAGUGCAAGUAGAUAAAUAGGUACCGCUGUGGCGGGAAGGAAAAUGGAAUUUCCGGUGCACUCUGGUUUCCAUCACGGUGUUCCGUUGCACCAGAAGCGGUUUAGUCAUGCUGGCCACAUGACCCGGAAAGCUGUCUUUGGACAAACAGAGAUGAGCGCCCCAACCCCAUAGUUGCCUUUGACUGGAUUUAACCGUCCAGGGUUUACCUUUACAUUUUACCUGAGUGGGCAUGUCAACUCCUUACUGAGGCCAUCCUCACUGUGGCAUGAUAUGAAGCAACCUCUUUGGCUAGUAGAUUCCAGAUGGAGUGACUUUUCAUGCCUCUGAAUUCCAUUUCUGUAUAUUAUUAUUAUUAUUAUUAUAAAAGAAAGAAAUAGCUCCAGUUGUAAAUGGGUUUGUUUGAGCCACAUCCUCCACCACGACUCAGAGAUGCGUUUCUGUGUACGCCUUCUCACGAGGAGCAAAAGCAGGGUGAAUUGUUUCAUGGUGUAACAGAGUAGCAUAAGCAAAAAUGGUGGGUCCUUGCCCCUGUGAGCUUACAAUCUAAAUUGCGGCAGUGGGGCAAGAUGGCAGAGGGCGGAGCAGGGCAGGGAGGUCGAGUCAAGGGGCAAAGAGAGAGAAACAGGGGCGGAAUUGAAAUGCUUCCCCAGACCUAUGUAAAUUACUGUAUUUUUCGCCCUAUAAGACGCACCAGACCAUAAGAUGCACCUAGUUUUUGGAUGAGGAAAACAAGAAAAAAAAUAUUCUGAAUCCCAGAAGUCAGAACAGCAAGAGGGAUCGCUGCGCAGCUAAAGCAGUGAUCCCUCUUGCUGUUCUGGCUUCUGGGAUAGCUGCACAGCAUGCAUUCGCUCCAUAAGACGCACACACAUUUCCCCUUACUUUUUAGGAGGGGAAAAGUGAGUCUUAUAGAGCAAAAAACACAGUAUAUACAAAUGAGUUUCAUUCACGUGCCCAAGACACACAGCCUUGAUUGUAGCACAGUGAGGACACUUACUCCUUUCAGCCUUUCCCUGGGAGGGGCGGCAACAGUUGGGGGAUGAUGGUGAGCAUUUGAGCAAAAGGGAAAAGUCACUUCAAAAUCCCUGUGCUGCUCUUUCUACAGGCCCUGAAAGCUUCUCUGGAGAUGAAAUGCAAAUGCCACGGAGUAUCUGGGUCCUGUUCGAUCAAGACCUGCUGGAGGGGGCUUCAGGAACUGAGAGACAUUGCCCUGGAUUUAAAAAACAAAUACCUUUCAGCUACAAAGGUGGUGCAUCGGCCUAUGGGCACCCGCAAGCAUCUAGUCCCCAAGGAUCUUGACAUCCGCCCAGUAAAGGAGACAGAGCUGGUUUAUUUGCAAAGCUCUCCUGAUUUCUGCAUGAAGAACGAGAAAGUGGGAUCGCACGGGACUCAGGACAGGUAAAUGCUCUCCAGGUGGAACCUGUUCUUCAUCCUCCUCUCGCUUAGUAGUUCCCUCCAAAUCAGCACCACUAAGCCAAAGUCGUUAAAAUCUUCUCUCUGCAGUAAAUACUCAGGAAACAAGUCUUGGCACCAGUGUCCAGAAAACCCUGCAGGCCAGUGGUUGAUUCAAGGGUCUGUGUUUUGCAAAUCCAUUGGGCUUCAGAGCAGGGACUCAGUGGAGUCUGACUCAUUCAGCAAUGUAUUCCUAAAAGGCCAGGAGUAGAGCACAUCCUUAGAAUCUACAGUUUGCAGGUGGCAUCCGGUCCCCAAGUGUUUCUUUAAAAAAAGUUUUAGUCUUCUUAAAAUAACAAUAAUAACAUGUUUUCUGCUUGUUCUUCACCCAUGGGGUUCUUUGGGGUAUGCUUGGGUGUCCAAAACAGCUAUAGUCCCCCAAACAGGGAACCUCUUCUUUCCUCUAGAAAGGACCCUUCCUUCCGUUGUGCCUUUGGAAGAAAGUCUUGGAGCUCAGGGAAGGAGGGCUCCUUUCUGUUUGCCAAGACUUUCAUGCAAUGGCUUUUAAAAGUAUGAAGAGGCCUUCCCUUCUCCUGCUUUCCCCAUCCAAUUGCAGCACUGUGGUGGGGAGAACCCCCUCUCACUUCUCUGCUGAUUGGCAGAAGUGUGGGGGAUCUGAACGGAUGUGAGCGUGGGCACCUGCCUGUCCAAACGUGUGGGCAUUGAGUGUCUGGUCUGUAUGUGCAUCCAGAAGAGUCCUGCUGGAUCAGUCCAAAGUUGUGCGCCGGGUACACGCAGGUUUCAGCACAUGCCACCCAGUAGUUUCAGCACCACGGAUAGUUCCCCAUGAGCCACGUUGCUCUGACCAAGGCUGGAGGUCAGCUGAGGCCCUUAUGAGACCCUUCUUCCUAAGCUCCACCCAAUUACCCGAAAUAUUAGGGCUCUUAAGAACGAACCUUCUGGCCUACACGCAGUCACUUCUUCAAUUUACUGUGGUCUCCCACUUGCCAUGCUGCCUGAGCUAUUGGUCAGGUGUGGAACAGGUAACACAGGCUCCGUUUCCUCCUCCUCUGAGCUCAAGGCCAUGAUACCUGAGAUCCUAGGAGCCACUGCCAGUCAGAGUAGACCAUGCUUGGCUAGUUGAAUAUAGUAUGACAUUGUGUAAGGUGGUUUCCUAUUUUUCCAUGCUGAAUCAGGCUCUGUGGCCGAGACCGAGGCCACGCCUUACAGUUUAAAGCACUGCUAUACCACUUUUACAGUCAUGGCUUCCCCCAAAGAAUCCUGGGAACUGUAGAUAGACAGACUUAUGCUGCACUAGACAGGCCAAGGAUCUGACUCUAUCUAAGGCAGUUUCCACCAUCUCCAUGUUACUGCCCUCAUUCCUCAGCUGUACAGUCUUGUCUUGGUAUCCUCUUUUCCAUCUGGAAGAUCCAUUGCCAGACAAAUGACCUGUGGCCGUGGCAAAACAAAAGGGCUUGUGUUUGGGGAUUGGAGAACCCAAAAGUCGGCCCUCCAACUGGCCUGGAGAUGACCCAACACCGUUGACAUCCAAAGUGCUUUGGAUUUGUACAGGGAGGUUAUCCAAGAUCCCUCGGCACACGUUUAUUUGUUUUUAAAGCCGUAUCCUGGUUGAAUUCCCACUCAAAGCAUUGAAUUUCUGCCUUUCAGAAUUGUCCAGUUGGACACAACCACAUUUUUAAUAAUCGUCUGCUUUCCCCCCUUCCUUCCCUCCUCGUUCUUGCCGUCUUGAGUUGCUGCCUUCAGUCAGCCAGGCAAUAUUGCUGUGCUCAGUUAAACAGUGGCUGCUCUUUGCUCUGAAAAUCUUUGCUCAACAUAUUCCUUUAAUUUUUGGGGAGUUACUGUUCUGUUGAUGAUGAUGAUGAUGAUGAUGAUUUAUUUGUACCCCGUCCAUCCGGCUGGGUUUCCCCAGCCACUCCGGGAGGCUCCCAACAGAAUAUUAAAAACACGAUAAACCAUCAAACAUUGGAAACUUCCCUAAACAGGUCUACCUUCAGAUGUCUUCUAAAAGUCAGAUACAGUGGUGCCUCGCAAGACGAAAAGAAUCCGUUCCGCGAGUCUCUUCGUCUUGCGGUUUUUUCGUCUUGCGAAGCAAGCCCAUUAGCGGUUUAGCAGAUUAGCGCUAUUAGCGGCUUAGCGGGCUUAGCGGAUCAGCUGAUAAGCGGCUUAGUGGCUUAACGGAUCAGCUGUUAAGCAGCUUAGCGGAUCAGCUGAUAAGCGGCUUAGUGGCUUAACGGAUCAGCUGUUAAGCGGCUUAGCAGAUCAGCUGAUAAGCGGCUUAGUGGCUUAACGGAUCAGCUGUUAAGCGGCUUAGCGGAUCAGCUGAUAAGCGGCUUAGCGGAUCAGCUGAUAAGCGGCUUAGCGAUCAGCUGUUAAGUGGCUUAGCGGCUUAGCGGAUCAGCUGAUAAGCAGCUUAGCGGCUUGGGAAAAAGGGGGGGAAGGAAAAAAAACCCGCAGGAACUCGCAAGACAUUUUCGUCUUGCGAAGCAAGCCCAUAGGAAAUUCGUUUUGCGAAGCACCUCCAAAACGGAAAACCCUUUCGUCUAGUGGGUUUUCCGUCUUGCGAGGCAUUCGUCUUGCGGGGCACCACUGUAGUUGUUUAUUUCCUUGACAUCUGAUGGGAGGGAGGGCGCCACCACCAAGAAGGCCCUCUGCCUGGUUUCCUGCAACCUCACUUCUCGCAGUGAGGGAACUGCCAGAAGGCCCUCGGAGUUGGACCUCAGUGUCCGGGCAGAACGAUGGGGGUGGAGAAGCUCCUUCAGGUCUACUGGGCCGAGGCCAUUUAGGGCUUUAAAGAUCAGCACCAACACCUUGAACUGUGCUUGGAAACAUACUGGGAGCCAAUGUUGGUGUUUCAGGACCGGUGUUAUGUGGUCUCGGCGGCCGCUCCCAGUCACCAGUCUAGCUGCCACAUUCUGGAUUAGUUGCAGUUUCUGGGUCCCCUUCAAAGGUAGCCCCAUGUAGAGCGCAUUGCAGUAGUCCAGGCAGGAGAUAACUAGAGCAUGCACCACUCUGGCAAGACAGUCCGCGGGCAGGUAGGGUCUCAUCCUGCGUGCCAGGUGGAGUUGGUAGACAGCUGCCCGGGAUACAGAAUUGACCUGCGCCUCCAUGGACAGCUGUGAGUCCAAAAUGACUCCCAGGCUGUGCACCUAGUCCUUCAGGGGCACAGUUACCCCAUUCAGGACCAGGGAGUCCUCCACACCAGCCCGCCCCCUGUCCCCCAAAAACAGUACUUCUGUCUUGUCAGGAUUCAACCUCAAUCCAUUAGCCGCCAUCAGUCUGCGGGCAGGUAGGGUCCCAACUUGCGUACCAGGUGAUGACCUAUGCCCAACUCUAGUCCUGACAAACUGGGGCUGUAGCUCAGUGCGAGAGCAUCUGCGCUGCAUGCAGAAGAUCCCCGGAUCAAUCUCCACUGGCACCUCCAGGCUUGGAAUGUCCCCAGUCUGAAACCCCGGAGAGCCUCUGCCAGUCAGUGUAGGCAAGCCUGAGCUCAAUGGACCAAAAGUCUCACUCCAUUUAAGGCAGUUUCCUAUGGUCUUAUAAGGGAGCAGAGACUUUUCAUGCAGGAGCCAAAGGCGUUAUGGAAUCUCUGUGUGUGGGGGUGUGUGAAAAUAUAUAAAAUAUAGUUCACACUUCCCACACAUAAAGAAGUGUAAUGUUCAUAUGGACCUCUUCCAAAUAGCUUUAUAAGGCCCCAGGGGCAUCUAUAAUAUUAUGCGCUGUUUGAGCUUCCACGUUUGGAAGAUCCCACCGCUGCUGCCUUUUAAAACCGAUCCGUUGGGCCGAAAGCGCUUUCUCAGAAGGUGUGCAUCCUUCUGGCUGCCCACCGGCCUCCCCAGCAAUAAUGUGUCCCCAUUUCAUCCAUUCACACUCGCUUGCUCUGUACUGGCAGAGGAAGAAGAAAAGACACUUUCCCUUUCAAGUUGGAGCAGGGAUCAGCAAACCAGAGGUGUCGGAAAGGCGAUGUCGCCAGGACAAGCCUCUCUUUCCCCCUCCUUCCCGCUUCCCCCUCCUCUGAGAACAUUAGUGGAUUAACUGGUGCUAUUAAUGGAUUUAUGUACUCAAGAAUGGACUUCAGGCAGUGCUGCUAUGAAUUGGAUUCUCUUAGGUGUAUCUGGGCUGUGGGUUGCGCAACAGAAGUCUAUCAAUGCCUAUUAGUUGUGGUCCAAUGGAACCUCCAGGCUCAGGGGUAGUCUACCACCAUAUCAACUGCUGGAGGAGGAUGCUACCUGCAGCCUCCUUUCCCUGUCCCUGGAUUCCCAAGCAUGUUGCUCCAUCUCAGAGAAAAGGAUCCAGGGGGGAGUGACUGCCUGGGAGAAGCAGUGAGUGUGGAAAGGCUUAAGCCAGCGAGGCGGGUGGCACUGUGGUCUCAACCACUGAGCCUCUUGGGCUUGGCGAUCAGAAGGUCGGCGGUUCAAAUCCCUGCGAUGGAGUGAGCUCCUGUUGCUCUGUCCCUGCUCCUGCCAACCUAGCAGUUCGAAAGCACACCAGUGCAAGUAGAUAAAUAGGUACCGCUGUGGCGGGAAGGUAAACGGCAUUUCCGUGCACUCUGGUUUCCAUCACGGUGUCCCAUUGCACCAGAAGCGGUUUAUUCCUGCUGGCCACAUAACCCGGAAAGCUGCCUGUGAACAAACGCUGGCUCCCUCGGCCUGAAAGCGAGAUGAGCGCUGCAACCCCAUAGUCGCCUUUGACUGGACUUAACCAUCCAGGGGUCCUUUACCUUUUACCCUUUUUACCUAAGCCAGGGGUGAGGAACUUUUCUUAGUGUAAAAGCUGCAUUGCCUUCUGGGAGCCAUGUGCCAGUGGCAAAAGUGGGCGGAGCCAUGAAUGUAAAUGUUACCUCUGUACAAUAAGAUUGAUCUUUCUGCCCUCCAGCAAGAUAAGCAAGCAGAGUUCAGCAAACCAGGCAAACAUACUUAAGGAGGAGUCAAAGCAGAGGCACGAGAGGAUGUGGCUUGGGGAGAGUCUGGAGGGCCAGACAGAGAAGACUGAAGGGCCGCAUUGAGCCUGUUUUUCCCCAUCUCUGUCCUAACGGUAGGGAAGCACUGCCAUAUUUAAUGGAACUUGGAGCUGUGGGUCCAGCAUACAAUGUUUUCUGACUACAAUUGUCCACAAUUCCUGCUUGUAUGAAACCUACAAGUACAAAAGCAGAGCAGCACACAAGAAGCUCAUAAACUGCCCCCCAGUUCACACAUUAGACUUUGACCCAGCUGCCACGCAUUCAGAAGCUUCUGGGUGACUGUAGUGGCGUCAGAAUGGGAGUUACAGGCAUCCACACAGAGCCCCCUCACUUGCUCAUUCAAACCAGCAGAUCAGUUCCUUUAGGUAAAAGGUAAAGGUAAAGGGGCCCCUGACAUUUAGGUCCAGUCGCGGAUGACACUGGGGUUGCGGUGCUCAUCAGGCUUUACUGGCCAAGGGAGCUGGUGUACAGCUUCCGGGUCAUGUGGCCAGCAUGACUAAGCCGCUUCCUGUGAACCAGAGCAGCGCACGAAAACGCUGUUUACCUUCCCGCUGGAGUGGUACCUAUUUAUCUACUUGCACUUUGACAUGCUUUUGAACUGCUAGGUUGGCAGGAGCUGGGACAGAGCAACGGGAGCUCACCCUGUGGCGGGGAUUCAAACUGUUGACCUUCUGAUUGGCAAGCCCUAGGCUUGGUGGUUUAGACCACAGAGCCAAACACUGAAAGCAGGAGUUGUGACGCUGAAAAGGUGGACCACCUGUAGCUCUAAAUUCUGACAGCUGUUUCUACAGUCACCUGGAGGCGGCUUCUUCUUCUUCUUCUUCUUCUUCUUCUUCUUCUUCUUCUUCUUCUUCUCACUCAUAGCCAAGUAAGAUUGUCUUCCAUGAACAUGGUUUUAACUAUGAGACCAUAAGUGACUGUGGAGGCCACUUCUGGAUCCACACAUCCUUCCACAGUGUUGACGUUGGUUUCUGGGCAGGAGUUGAUCACGGUGUGGAUUCGCCAAGCAUGCCUUCCUCUUGGCAUGUUUCUCCCUUGUGUCCUGAGUUCAAGUGUCUUCAUGACACCUUUGGUAAAGGCUGUUCUCCAACUGGAGCACUUGCAGGCCAGUGUUUCCCAGUUGUCAGUGUUUAUACUACAUUUUUUAGAUUUGCCUUGAGACAGUCUUUAAACCUUUUUUGUUGACCACCAGCAUUACGCUUUCAAAUUUUAAGUUUGGAAUAGAGUAGUUGCUUUGGAAGACGAUCAUCAGGCAUCCGCACAACAUGGCCAGUCCAACGAAGUUGAUGUUGAAGAAUCAUUGCUUCAACACGGGUGAUCUUUGCUUCUUCCAGUACACUGGCAUUAGUUCACCUGUCUUCCAAUUUGAAAACUUCUCUGAAUUUCUGUAUGACUUCCCCUUUUAUAACCAGGAAACCCCUGGAGGUUGGAAGUUGAUUGCCCAAACUGAGAUCUCUACAUAACACAUAUCCAAGAGAAUAGUUGCUGUAGCUUAGCGGUGUAAGAUCUGCUUUGUACACAGGAGGUGCUCAGCUCAGUCCUCAGAUGGGGCUUGGGGUGUCCCCUGCCUGAAAUCCUGGAAAGCUGCUGCCAGCCUGUGUAGCCAAUACUGAGUCAAAUGGACCAAUGGUUUGACUCAGUUUAAGGCAGCUAUCUGUGCGGAACAAGGCAACCCACUGCUUGCAUGCAUCUAGUUAAAUGCUUUGUAAUAUUGCAGGUAGCCGGUAGUAGUUGAUUCCAUCAUUACUUCUGUCCCUUUAUUAAAAGCCCCUUUAGAAAAGAAACAAAAAUGUAUGGAGGCAUAAAAGAUAACUUUGUUUUCUCCAGAACCAUGUUAUGAGUUCCAUAUCUGGGAUGGACUUUCCAGGAAUGCAUAAUGCAGACCUUAUUGUCUGGAGCAGCUCAGAUGCUUAACAUGCUCAGAAAGAGCUGAUAAGCUAUCUGUCCAAUGCUUUUACUAGCAGAUUUAAGCUUCCCUCACUCACUCAUGGAAAUAGGAACCCACAUCUUCAAUCUCUGGUGUGCUCGGCUGUUUGCGGUUUGCAGAAUUGGUGGCUUUGUACUUCUGGAAGCGAUGCUUAACAAAUAAGCACCUGUGGUCUGUCCCGUAUAGAAGUGUAGGGCUUCCAGACUAUUGCUGUUUUCGGGUGGGAUUACAGCACAUCUGGGUAAAUUGCCCUGUUGUAUUUUAUAGGGUGGUCUUGUGCAACAAACCUGCUCCCCCCCCCCAAAAAAAGUGCGCUGGAAAGGCAUUGGGGAGUGUGGGAUCACACUUAUUUUGAUGCAACAUCAUCUAGUGUCCCUGCAAGCACAUCAGAACAGAUAGGCAUCAUCAUCUAAGCUCCCUGCCCAGGGCUGGAUUAAGGCCUUGAGAGGCCCCAAGCGGUGCAAAGAUUCUGGUGCCCUCCAUGUAAUUCGUAAUAAAUUUAUGAAGCAUUACUAAAAACAGGGGAAGAGUGCGUAGUGAAGCCUCAGGAAGUCCAACAAGCCCUCUGCCUUACUUCAUAGAAUCAUAGAGUUGGAAGAGACCACAAGGGCCAUCGAGUCCAACCCCCUGCCAAGCAGGAAACAAUACUUUAAUUUCAUAGAAUCAUAGGAAUUGUUUAGAUGGAAGGUCCCCUGAGCAUUGCCAGAUUUACGUAUAAGCUAAACAUGCCAUAGCUUAGGGCCCCACUCUCUUGGGGCCCCCCAAAAAAAUUUAAAGGGGAAAAAACUGGAUGUACAUUUCCAAAAUAUAAGAUAAAAAACAAAUAAAAUAAAAUCUACAUACAGCAAAGCCACUCCCGACAUAAGGAGGGGGGGUUGUGGGCUCAAGCCCCCACCUACAUUCUCGCAGCCCCGCGGGACUCAGGGAUUUCCCAGGGUCAUUAUUAUUCAUCACCCACAGCGGCCAGCCAAUCGGCUGGCAGUCGGGGUGGGCUUACUGGGGGGCACUUAAGGUCGGGGCAGCCCUGGCCCAUCCAGAGUGGCUGGGGAAACUCAGCCAGAUGGGCGGGGUAUAAAUGUUGUUGUUUAGUCGUUUAGUCUUGUCCGACUCUUUGUGACCCCCUGGACCAGAGCACGCCAGGCACUUCUGUCUUCCACUGCCUCCCACAGUUUGGUCAGACUCAUGUUCGUAGCUUUGAGAACACUGUCCCACCAUCUCAUCCUCUGCCGUCCUCUUCUCCUUGUGCCCUCCAUCUUUCCCAACAUCAGGGUCUUUUCCAGGGAGUCUUCUCUUCUCAUGAGGUGGCCAAAGUCUUGGAGCCUCAGCUUCAGGAUCUGUCCUUCCAGUGAGCACUCAGGGCUGAUUUCCUUCAGAAUGGAUCGGUUUGAUCUUCUUGCAGUCCAUGGGACUCUCAAGAGUCUCCUCCAGCACCAUAAUUCAAAAGCAUCAAUUCUUCAGCGAUCAGCCUUCUUUAUGUUCCAGCUCUCACCAUAUAGCAUAUAUUCAACACAAAAAACAGCGACCAUUUGUUGUUGACAAAGCACAGCUGGACAUAUAAAGGGCUCCAUUACCUUCAGUAGCUUAGGGCCUCAUCAAACCUAAAUCCGGGCCUGCCCAUGAGAGUCGUCUAGUCCCCUGCGAUGCAGGAAUAUGUAGGUGGUCUGCAGGGGGAUAAAAUCCACGACCCGGAAGUUAUCAGCACCACGCUCUAAUCAGCUGAGCUAACUUGUGGGUUUUUAACCAGCCAGGCGCCAACUGCGUGUGGCUGAAACUACAUGAGCUGAACAUGCAGCAGAUGUGAUCAUGCUGUAAAAAAAAGCUAAAGGGACCCCUGACCAUUAGGUCCAGUCACGGACAACUCUGGGGUUGCGCUCUCAUCUGGCUCAUCACGCUUUACUGGCCGAGGGAGCCAGCGUACAGCUUCCGGAUCAUGUGGCCAGCAUGACUAAGCCGCUUCUGGCAAACCAGAGCAGCGCAUGGAAACACUGUUUACCUUCCCGCUGGAGUGGUAUCUAUUUAUCUACUUGCACUUUGAUGUGCUUUUGAACUGCUAGGUUGGCAGGAGCAGGGACCGAAAAACAGGAGCUCACCCCGUCGUGGGGAUUCAAACCGCCAACCUUCUGGUCGGCAAGUCCCAGGCUCUGUGGUUUAACCCACAGCGCCACCCGCGUCCCUGUGAUCAUGCUGUAAUAAAUAGCAAAUAAAUAACCCACCUUACGUGCUGCAAGUUGCACCUGUGUUUCAAAGGAGAGUUGCUGGCAAGGCAAGGCAAGGCUAUCUGAAACAACUCUCUGACUUGUGACCUUCAUGUGAUUUAGAAACCCAAGAUCUCUGCUGAAUCCAUUGUUUCCAUCAAUGGUCUUGUAAAGGGGAACUGGAAAGAAGGAGGAACUUGAGGGUGGGAGAAGAUGAACAUGUGGAAAAAGAAGCAGAGGCGAAGGUGGGAAACUUCUCUCGCAUCCCGUCAAUUGUGUUUUGAUCACUUAACAGGAUGAUGGGGAUAAUUAGGGAGAAUGUUCCAUUGUCUAUGACUUUAUGCAUAGAGUUGCAUCAUGCGCCGCAGGGAACAAUUUCACGUCAGCAGGUGGAUGCAUUGGUUAACUGAAGAGGAUGUGUCCAUUUUGACCUAAUGAUCAUUCCCCAAUUAGCAUCCUUCCCCUAUGGGUGAAUUCCUGGGGGGAAUCAAAUGACUAAAACAGGUCUAUGUAAAACGCUCACCCCACCCACCCAAAUGAGGGCACGGUGGUGCUUAGAAAGCUUUAAGUGGGAAUCUGGGACUCGUUCUUAGUUAUCCUGGGGCCAUGUUGGAAAAAGAAAGCCUGUUUUCAUUUAUGCUCUUUCUUUCCUUCCUCUUUUUCAACAACAACAAAAAUGUUGAAACUGGAAGCGGUCCUGAACCAAAGUCCUGAAAUCUAAACACACCCAAGCUUUAGGGAGCAUUCGUAGCUUGAAUCUGGAGUUGGCGUUCCUGCUAAUGUGCCCUGCCCUCUUGGAUUCUCCCAGAACCCUCCCAGAUUCCGCAAACGGCCAAAUUGCACAAGGCCUAGAUGGGAACCCAUAGUUUUAAACUGCACAGAAUUGGUGCGCGAUUCUACAUCUUGAGAAUUACGUUUCCGAUGGGCCAGCACUAUUGCGUAGAUAGAUCUCCCCUCAUGCUUAUCUCUGCCGUGGUUUUGCUAAGCAAAAGAAAUACAACCUGGAGAGGAAGAUAAAUCUUGACAGGAACUGGUUUGCGAAACAGCUCCGCCGAUUUAUGAGCAUCAGUAAGAAGCAUGUGCUGAACCAGGGAGAAAAUAUGGUUUCUAUUCAGCUUUGGGGAUGGAACUUCCUUGUAAGGAAAACCCUGUUUAACCUUAUCUUUUAAAUGAGGCCCUUUGAGUUUCCUAACACCAGCCUCCCACCUUCUUCUUAAAACACUCACCAACAGUUUUGAAAUAAGCGGUAAAUGAUACCAGACUAGGAUGCAGUUAAUGGAAAGGGAAUAGGGGAAAGAGUAAAAGACAAAGCAGGAAUAUCUCUGCCUUUCACUGGUAAGGGUGAAACAACUUAGGUUUCCAAAAAAUAAAUAAAUCAGUUGAUUCAAUUCUCUAUGAAAUGAGCAAUUAUACUUGGAAAGUGAAAUGGCUCUCUUUCCCCCAUCCCUUUUAGAUUAGUGAGCUCUGGUUUGGUUUGUGGAACAGCUAUGAGGAAGCGCCAAAGCCAGGGAUGUAAGGAAGUAGUGAUUUUCAUAUUGCCCUAUGUUCAUUGCAAUCUGCACUUUCUGUUCUGCUACAGUUUUGCCUCCACUAAAACCUGUUUCAUUCAUCUCCCUAUCUGCUACGGGCCAUGCAUUUUAACAGAAGGCAAACUGUAGAAACAUUAAUUGGUUGUGUGAUAUUUGCAGACUAAUAAUAAUAAAUUUUUAUUUAUACCCCGUCCUUCCCAAUUCAGAAAACCAGGCUCAGGGCAGCUAACAACAAAUUUAAAACACUUAGUUGAUGCAACAAAAAACAGCAUAAAAUACAGUAUAAAAUGGGAAUAACAAUAAAUUCAAAAAUCAAUUUAGGGGGGAAAUCCAUCCAAUAAACAUUAGAUGAUCACCAGGGCUAGCUGGCUAAAUUAGUCCUAUUUGGGCCAGCGAGGAGACCAGGGGAGAAUUAGCUGUGGGAUCCAGAGUGGGUAAUCUUAAAAAAAAAAUAGGAAUUUCUGGUAGCAGGUGCUUGGGAGUUCUUUUGAAACAGCCAUUGGGGUGCCCCUGCCAAUCAAAAUAAAACUACACUGGUGUAAAUGGGGAAAUAGUUGAAUUUGGCACACGGUAUUCAUCUACGCUCCUUUGUUCUUUGGCAUGAUCUGAUCUUUGUCGAAGACAAGAAGGGAAAGGAGGAGUAAACAAGUUCUGAACAAAGCAGAAGAGUUUGCAGGGUGGUGAAGGGAGAGAUGGGUUCUUAUCUGGAAUACAGAUAUCAGAAGAGUCAAUCUGCCGGCCAGGCUAAAGAUCCACCAUGCUGUUUUCUACUGCAGAAGAGAUGUCUCUUCUGGGAAGCCCAUCAGUGCAGGGCAUGAGGCCAAUGGCAGAAAGAGUGUGGUGUGUUGUUGUUGUUUAGUCGUUUAGUCGUGUCCGACUCUUCGUGACCCCAUGGACCAGAGCACGCCAGGCACUCCUGUCUUCCACUGCCUCCCACAGUUAGGUCAAACUCAUGCUGGUAGCUUCGAGAACACUAUCCAACCAUCUCAUCCUCUGUCGUUCCCUUCUCCUUGUGCCCUCCAUCUUUCCCAACAUCAGGGUCUUUUCCAGGGAGUCUUCUCUUCUCAUGAGGUGGCCAAUGUAUUGGAGCCUCAGCUUCACGAUCUGUCCUUCCAGUGAGCACUCAGGGCUGAUUUCCUUCAGAAUGGAGAGGUUUGAUUUUCUUGCAGUCCAUGGGACUCUCAAGAGUCUCCUCCAGCACCAGAAUUCAAAAGCAUCCAUUCUUUGGCGGUCAGCCUUCUUUAUGGUCCAGCUCUCACUUCCAUACAUCACUAGUGGGAAAACCAGAGCUUUAACUAUACGGACCUUUGUCGGCAAGGUGAUGUCUCUGCUUUUUAAGAUGCUGUGUGUUUUAACAUCUGCAAAGGAAGCAGAUUCAGGGCUGUGGUCCUAGUCUAAACAUGAGAAGAACAGAAGAUGAGCCUGUUGGAUCAGGCCAAUGGUCCAUCUAGUCUAGCAUCCUGUUGGCCAACCUGAUGCCUUUAAGUAGGACCUGAGCUCAAGAACACUUAUGUUCCUGAACAACUGGUAUUCAGAGGCUUAGGGCCUCUAGCAGUGGAAGAUAGUCGUGAUGACCUCCAUGAAUUUGUCUAAUCCUCUCACACCUUUCACCUCACACUUUUCUCCUACAAAUCACACCCUUCCCUGCUGAUGAUUUUCUGGCAAUCCAGGGGGUUUAUAGUCACGAAAGUUCCUCCCAAACCCUCCAGCUCCCCCCGCGUGCCUGUUUUCAGCCUGUGAACCUUUGCUCCAAAUAUUUGUCUUCUCGGCUAAUUUGUGUAGGAGGGAUUGCGCUGAGGUUUGCUGCCGGCGGCCAUCCUGGCUCGCAGGGGUGUCUUUCGAGUGACGCCUUUGGUCCAGCACUAGACAAACAUGCAGCAUGUGGCCGCAAAUUGUGGGUUUUUGGCUCCCGGGGGGGACAUUCUGCAACGAAGGAGCCGCGCCGAGCCUUCCAGAGAUCUGUAAAUAUUUGCACGCAUCUCUUCUCUCCCCCUUAGCCCACCCCACACCCCUGGAAAAAAAAGAAGUGGGUGAUGAGAACGGCCGGCUUAAGAGAGCCAGGAAAGGGGAGGGAGAGUUAAACCUGGAUAGGAACUCAAAUCUGAAAUAACAAACAGGAGGCCAGGCUGAGUCAGAAAUAAAUAAAAGGACAGGCCGAGAACGAGAUCUCAGCACUUCAUUAAUCCCAUAACUUCUCAUAAGCAUUACCUCAUGAGGAAUUUCAUAUAAAUCUCUUCGGAUUCAUUUCCAUCCAUUAACCGAUGGUCCACGGCGUAGGGUCCAGCAGUCCUCAGCUCAUCCACCACCUCGGUUUCCCUCCCCUGCUUCUCGCCAACCAGAUCUCAUGUUGAAUUAUGGCCGCGUCCAAAGCGACGGAGCACGCCAGGCUGUUUUGGAAGCAAUGUUGAAGCCGUUUGUAAAGAGACAGAAAAAAAUCGCAGCUUUUCCACAUCCAUUGGACCUUGUGUUUAUUGGCAGUUGGCACCGCGCAGCUGCAACCAGAAACUGAGCCCAGAAUGGUGCUGCUGUGAAGUUUGGAUCAUGGUUAAGAGGGGGCGAUGCAUGGCCUUGUGUGGUAUUUGGGGGGGGGGGUUGCUGGAGGAAUGAGAUUUAGGGCUUGCCAAAAAAUUCUUUGCUUCGGCCUAGUAUACCUGAAGGAGCGUCGCCACCCCCAUCGUUCUGCCCGGACACUGAGGUCCAGCGCCGAGGGCCUUCUGGCAGUUCCCUAUCUGCGAGAAAUGAGGUUACAGGGAACCAGGCAGAGGGUCUUCUUGGUGGUGGCACCCGCCCUAUGGAACGCCCUCCCGUCAGAUGUCAAGGAAAUACAGUGGUACCUCGGGUUACAGACGCUUCAGGUUACAGACUCCGCUAACCCAGAAAUAGUACCUCGGGUUAAGAACUUUGCUUCAGGAUGAGAACAGAAAUCGCAUGGCGGCAGCAGGAGGCCCCAUUAGCUAAAGUGGUACCUCAGGUUAAGAACAGUUUCAGCUUAAGAACGGACCUCCAGAACGAAUUAAGUUCUUAACCCGCGGUACCACUGUAUCUGACUUUUAGAAGACAUCUGAAGGGAACCCUGUUUAGGGAACUUUUUAAUGUUUGAAGUUUUAUUCUGUUUCUAAUGUUCUGUUGAAAGAUGCCCAGAGUGGCUGGGGAAACCCAGCCAGAUGGGCGGGGUAGAAAUAAUAAAUUAUUAUUAUUAUUUAUGGGAGGGCCAUUGCCCAGUGGUUUGAGCAUCUGCUUUGCAUGUAGAUGGUCCAGAUUCAAUCCCUGGCAUCUCUAGCUAGAAGGGUCAAGCAGAAGGCAGUAAAAGCGCCUCUCUUGUCCCUGAGACCCUGAAGAACUGCCAGUGAGACUAGACCAGGAAUAGCCGAUACCCAGUUUUUGUAGAGAAUUCUGAUUCUGUUCACAUUUAAAGGACAAUCUAAGACCACGUUAUCAUCACCAAAUGUUGCAUGGUGGUUCCUGAGGUCAGGGAGCAGGUUUUUGUCUAUGUUUGAAUACAGUUAGGUGCCAUUUUGAAUCAACAUGGCAGGCAGAACCUUUCAGAACUGCGCUGAUUUUGGGUUUCUUAGAAUCCUUCUAAUUCUUAGAAUUCUUAAAAUUGUGUGUAUUAGGAGAAAUUCACACAGGAAUGCUGAUGAAUUUGCUGAGGGCUUUUUUAAAAAAGGGGGGGGGACUGAUUUGGCAGUGUGGAGAACUGAACUUAAGGCCGGCAAAGUAAGAAGCUGAGAGCAACGGAAAACUGACAGAAUGUGCCCAUCACUAACUAAAAACCCCCAUCAUCCCUGAUCCUAGACAAUGCUGGCUGGAGCUCGUGUGAGUUGUCCCCCAAAACUGGGGUGGGGAAUUACAUUUCUCACCCCUGGAGUAGACAGCACUGAGCUCAGUAGACAAAUAGUCUGAUCUGGCAUAAAGCACAUUCUUAUAUUCGUGUGGUCACAGCAAAAGGCAACGUUUUGAGGGGGGAUUCCCUCCACCCCAAUAUUUAAAAAAAAGAACAGCACUCCUUUGAGCAGAAAGAAAAACAACUCCCACAGCUGUGUUGCAAGGAUUGCCCUGCUGGGAUGGCUUCCUUUAAUGUGGCGGUUCAAAGGAGGCAAGUGUUUUCACCCCUCUUCACAUGUCCCCUGAAAGAUUAUAGGAACACGGUGCUAACUGACUCCCCCUUCCUUUCAAAGCACCAUCCUUGUUCUGGUGACUCCAUCAGCAGCGCCUCCAAAUGUCCCUAUUUUUCAGGGACAGCCUCAGAUUUGUAGAAGCUGUCCCAGUUUCUGAUUUGAUCCAGGAAUGUCCUGCUUUUCCUUAGGACGUCUCUGUUUUCAUUGGAGAAAUCUUGGAGGGUAUGGAUUGCAUGUCCCUAUUUCCAUCAGAGAAAUGUUGGAGGGUAUGGAAUAGGAUGUUCCUAUUUUCAUUGGGAAAAUGUUGGAGGAUAUGGAGUAGGAUGUCCCUAUUUUCAUCUGAGAAAUGUUGGCCGGUAUGGAAUAGAAUGUCCCUAUUUCCAUCAGAGAAAUGUUGGAGGGUAUGGAAUAGAAUGUCCCUAUUUCCAUCAGAGAAAUGUUGGAGGGCAUGUGGAAUAGGACGUCCCUAUUUCCAUCAGAAAAUUUUGGAAGGUGGGCAUCAGCCCCUUCCAGUUUGGAGGCGUGAGCACCCACAACAAGAGGGUCCCGAUCCAAAUUUGGUGCUGUAACCUGUGCAAAUGCUGCAAUUUCAGCAGAUGUGCCUCUGCUUGUGUCCUGUCUCCUCUUCCUGCAAUGUCGGAGGGAGACCAUGCAUUGCGUUUGAGGAUAGAAACGUAGGACGUCACUUUCAGCUAAAUUGGACUAUUGGUCCUUCUUGGAAGAGGCUCUCCGAGGUUCCAGGCAAGGGAUAUUCCCAGGCCUCUUUGGAGAGAUGGUGAGGAUUGGACUUGGGCCCUUCGGCAUGCGAAACAGAUGCUCUACGGCUGAGCUUCAGCCCUUUCCCCGAAAGGGAAAAGUCUUCCCAGGCGGAGAUGCUUUUGGCCGCUUCCAACCUGAUGAUGUAUUGGUUCCCUUCCAGCUCCCAGUCCCACAAGGAGCCUGAUGGGCUUCGCAGCUGAGUUCCUCAGGCAUCUUUCCCCACCCUCCAGCCUUUGGCAUCCCCAGCUCAUGACGUUUUCUGUCUUGCAGGCAAUGCAACAAGACCUCCAACGGCAGCGACAGCUGUGACCUUAUGUGCUGCGGCCGCGGCUACAACCCCUACAUGGACAAAGUGGUGGAGCGCUGCCACUGCAAGUACCACUGGUGCUGCUACGUCACCUGCAAAAAGUGCGAGAGGACUGUCGAGAGAUACGUGUGCAAGUGAGACCCCUCCUCGCGCCACUCGGCUCCCCUCUGGGCCCGCAGACUUGAGACAUCUGUGCCACAUUCCCCACCCUCCUCCCCAGCGCUUUUCGGACAGGAGAAAAGCUUUCUGA